GGGCUAGCGCUAACUUUCCGCUCGUCUUCUCGUCGCAUAAACAAAAGACGGGAUUACUACACCACGCGCUUUCGCGACAAAUCGAAAAGUGAAAACUCAAAGAAGCAUCAGGUCAAACGUCUCCGAGAUGCAGGUUCACGCAGUGCCAGACUCUGAGCGCGCGUUCGAUUCGACAGGGAGGAAGCUGCCUUGGGCGUAUGAGUUUGCGGAAUCAAAACCAACGGCGUAUUCCAGAAGAAAAGGGCCCUUUUGGCAAAGCACGAAAACGCGGUACCUCACGGGCAAAGACACCGUUGGGCGCCAACAAUGCAGCCGACGAAGCGAGACUCCACAACCAGCGCGCAGAAGACGACAUAUUCGGUCGCUUCAAGGCAGAGGAAGACAAAAGGCGCUCAGUAUCCGCGCGCCCGUCCACCGCACUACCUCCAACAGCCUCGGCGCCAAACCUCAUAGAUGCGAGCAACGGACUGGGCAACUCCUUCGCUGCAGGCGCAUCUACCAACGCUACUUUUGCACAAGAACCCAAGGAGGUUAUACUAUACGGCUUUGGGUCUGAGCAGCAAUGGGAAGCAAUAGCCUAUUACGAGAAGGUUUCCAAUGGCAUGAUCUACGAAGAAUAUGACCGCGAGCCACCCAACCCCAGACUCGGUUACAGUUUAGCUGCGCAACGCUCAUCGUACUACCCAUCUCUGGAACCGAAAUACAUGGCAAGGAUCAAGACAUAUAUAGGAGGUAACCACUGGGUUAAGGUCACCUUUGAUAGUGCGGAGGCUGCCGAGCGCGCCUGUCACUACAGUGGGAAGAACAUCCACGGCUGCAUAGUACAUGCGGAGAUGUACCGAGGAACAGGACCACAAGGUGGUGACAGACCGUUGCGUGUAGAGGGAGGCAUGUCACAGAUCGCAUCACCCAACACAAUAUCUUCAGGGACAUUGGGACUACGCGGCGCAUCGCAGUCGUCCGCAACCGCUUCCUCAGCCACAGCAACAGCUCCCCAACCUUUAGCACCGCAGACCCUUGUACCACGAUCAAACAUGGAAUCAGCCUUGCUACGCAGCAAGAGUGGCACUGGUGCUUUCCCAAGUCACAUGGACGACAUGCCCACUGAACCCGCUCAACCACGAGAACUGCACCAAGCUCUUGAUCCAAAUACCGUCCCCGCACACGCGACUACUACAGCGUUGAACCCCCGAUCUCAACGCGCAACCCUCCGACUCAAAGGCGCAAACGUAAAACCUGUUGUGUUCCUUCCACAAGAAAAGGCAUUCCUCCCCGCGAAACCCCGCUGGCAGCAAACGUUUGGCUCGUUACCGGUCAUUGGCUGGGCAAUUGGUUCGGGACAGGGCUUUAUAGGAGAUCAUGUACCGAGAAAGGAAGACGGAAGUUUCGAUAUGAACAGUGCGAGUCUGUAUUGGCGGGUUUGGUAUAUGGUGGACAACUGCCUUGGCAGUGACUUUUGUGGUGUCAGGGAUGCCGAGUACGAUGAGUAGUUUAGGUGGGGUCACUUGGUGUGUAAGAUCAAGGGUGUUUGAUGAGCAUUGGGCGGCGUUUUCGAAAUGGCAUUACAGCGAGGUGAUUCGAGUAUCGCUUGGAGGACUGGUAUCUCGCGGUUUUGGAUGCACAUGUAAUGAAACACAACAUUUCAAGCGAAAGGCGUGCCAACUAUAGCAUAUUGUUUGCAAGGUGUUCGCAUGUAAGCGAUAUUCGAGCAAUGCAUAGGCAUAACAAGGCGAAUGGUCAAAAUCUAGGGUGCAUUUCCACUCUCUGGAACUAUUCACAAAUACGUAGGUAAUACAACCCAGAUCGGGUACAUUUUGGCUACAUGGAAAGAAGACACUUAGAGGACGGACAGAUCGCCGAACUUCUCCUGCGGGG